GGGGACGUUCGCUGCGUCGGAUGCGGCGCCCAGUGCAAGCACAGCGUCUGCCAGAGAAGCACGCUGUGUUUGGAGGAGAAGACGUGCAUGCCUCCAAGUGACGACUGCGACGCUCUUCGCCAUCAGAAACGAGUGUGCGGCAGAGUGAGCGAUGGACUCCUCGGAGGAUGUUCAGCGCUCCUGGCGGCACAUAGGGGCACUAGCGGUUUUCACCAUCCUCCUCUUGGCGCCUGCUGCCUACGGCAAGAGCAAGAAAGGAAUUCCGGAACUGCGCUUGCCGCCCUUCGACCCGCUGUCGCUGCAGCAGCUGGAGUUGCAGGAGGGCCACGGCAGCCUCCGCUUCGUCAUGCGCUUCAAGAACGCCUCCAUCACGGGCUUCAGGGAUGUCCAACUCCACUCCGUCCAGGGAAGAUAUACAACCACGUGGACACCAAGAAGAGAUGCAACAAACAAUUUUCUCAAUGAAAAUUGGAGGGAAGCGUUCCAGACUUACAAACAUCUUCCAGAAGAAGCGUUUGGUCAAAUUUUUCUAGAGAUUGAAAAUGGCUUUUUCGAUCAGUUUCCAUUGGAAGAAUUGUUUCCAGAGUAAAUGAGUCAACUUCCAAGAACCAUUCUCCAAUAUUUCUUAAAUCCAAAGCUGUGUAUUCUGUAAAUAGAAGUGAAUGUUCUUCAAAGAACGUUUUGAUACUUCUUCGAAGAACGUCACACUAACUAAUUUUUAAUAUGAAACCAAUACACGUAUUUUGAAAACAUCAAUGUAGAUCGCAAAUUAUUCCGUUGUAUACUGAAGUAAAAGGUCUCCCAACAAUUAAAUCUGAAAAUGUACAUCUUGAAAUUCUGAGUAAAUAAAUACACGGUAGUUGCAACAUCUGAGCAAAUAAAUACGAAGUAGUUGGGACCUUUAGUUAAUACAAAAAUCUUAACUUCCUUUAUCUAUCUAUCUUUUUGCAUGAACCUGGCUGCAAAUUCAGAAUUA